AAUUAACUGGAGCUUAUUUGACUAAAUACGAGUAAAACUGCCAAAUCGAUAAUUUUGUCCUAUAAGGCCAAUACGGAUUUUUCCGUAUUGGCCCGGGUUUAGCAAGCCCAAUAUUAGCAUAUUCGAUUAUCUCUAGACUAAUCGGUUGAAAUCCCGAUAACUCUAGAGAACUACGGCUAGUGUCGUCUGACAGGAGAAAAUGACAACAAAACGAUGGAGCAAUAGCUCUAUACAAAAUAUAGAUGAUGCGAUGGAUGCGUUAGUUGAAGACUAUUUUCACUACGACGAUUUAUCUAAUAGGGAGGCAGAGUACAUCAAGAGAAAUCUCGCGGAUGUCAAUGGGGAAGGAAAUUUGAUUCUGGAAGAAGUUGAUUCAGCGAAUUUCAACUUCCCAAAUGAAAUUCUGCAGGACAUUGAAAAUGCACAGAAUCAUGAGAUUGACGAAUCAGACAAAGAAAAUAGCUCGAGUAGCAAGAGGUUUCGCUCUGUCACUGAUGAAGACACUGACUCUUUUCUAGCUUUAAGUGUUAACAAGAACACAAAAACUAAAACAAAGAGUGACUUGAAAGUGAUGCUGGAUUUUUUCAUAUCUGUUGGAGAAAUGCGUGAUUCAGUGGAAAUACCUGCCAAAGACUUAGACAGUCUGUUAUCAAGAUUUUUUCUUGGAGUCCUGAAGAAAAAUGGUGACGAAUAUGAGCCUGACUCUUUAUCCUCUAUGUUCAACAGCUUGGAUAGACAUUUGAAGGACUCAAAAAGUAGUAUAAGUAUUAAAAAGGAUCCUGAGUUCAACCACACAAGACGGGUAUUAGAAGCGAAGCGAAAGGCAUUAAAGUCAUUGGGCAAGGGCAGUAAGCCAAACAGAGCUGAACCUUUGACGACUGAGGAAAUCCAAAUCUUGAGGGAGAAAGGCGUUAUUGGAACACAAAACCCUGAUGCAUUACUGAAUGCUGUGUUUUUAAAUAAUGCAACAUACUUUGGUCUACGAGGUCGACAAGACCAUGUUAACAUGACAUGGGGAGAUGUCAAGUUAAAAGCUACAUCUGAUGGAAAGGAGUAUUUGGAAUUUAAUGAAAGAAGCACCAAAACCCGUAGUGGAGCAAAAAGCAGGGAUUUCCGGGAUAUUACGCCAAAGAUUUUCGGGGAAGGAGGAAGUAAUUGCCCUAUUCAUGUUUACAAGGAAUACAAACGGCAUAGACCUCAAGACACAUUAACUGAUGAACAUAGAUUUUAUUUGAGGCCUUUAGAUAAUAAACAUGAGGAAAUAUGGUACACUCGCCAAACCAUAGGCAAAGAUAAAUUAGGUAAAAUGGUAAAAAAUAUGGCAGAAAAAGGAGAUCUUCAAGGAAGAAAGGUUAAUCAUUCGGGACGUAAAACUUUUGCUACCACACUACUUCAAAAUGGUAGACCUGCCAAUGAAGUUGCUCAAUUAGGAGGCUGGAAAGGCAUUAGUACCUUAACUCAUUAUUCAGUACCGUCUAUUGAACAACAGCAACAAGCUUCUCACACAAUAUCUAAGGUCAUGUUGCCGAACUCAGAUUUACAGACGACAUCAGAUUCAGAGGAACCUUGUGAACUUUCAAACUCAAAUACAUUAGUUCAUAAUAAUUUAAAUGCAAAUGUAUCAAAUACAAAUAAUCAAACUGCUAACAAACAUGACAACCCAAUGGCCAUGUUUGCAGGUGCAACUAUAACAGGUGGUGUUUUCAAUAUUAACAUAUACUCAGGGGAAAGAAAGAAUACUAUAAACUGCAGCCAAGAGCUUUAAUCUGAAAACUAGAUAAAAACAUGUUUUUUACUUGUUGUGUUUAUUUACUGUUGAUUAUUUAAUAAAAUUGUUACUAUCUUAUUGUUUUGAUUAAAAUCCUCAAUUUUCAUUGAUACAUAUUCAAAUCACUACUAUUGAAGUCCUGAAUGUCAGAUUUUCACACUAUUUUCAAUUUUCAUAUUGGCCCGGCUAGAGUUCAUAUUGGACUGGUUAAUUAAUAAAGGUAUCAUUGCGUAACAAUUUUCAUAUUGGCUUAGUUAUAGGUCCUCGGGCAGCCAUAUUGGCCUUCGGCUUCGCCUCAGGCCAAUAUGGUACCCUCGGACCUAUAACUAAGCCAAUAUGAAAAUUGUUACGCAAUAAU